AUGAGUGACGAUCCCAUUGUACUUUCAUUCAAAGAUAUUACAUUGUAUCAGUCUGAUGUGGAUAUACUUAGGAAUAGAUAUAAAUGGUUGAAUGAUGCUAUAAUAUCAUUCUACUUUGAAUACUUGUCAGACAAGCUACCAAUUGAUAAACAGACAGAGAUAACGUUCUUGAAUCCGACUACAGUAUUCAUGUUGAGUUAUCUUGAGAAUAGUGAUAACUUGGAUGAGAUCAAUAGUAUACUUGGACCAUUGAACCUACCUGAUAAAGCAUGCAUCUUCAUCCCAAUCAAUGAUAACAGUGACCCAAGUACAGUGGCUGGUGGCUCACAUUGGUCAAUACUUGUAUUUGUAAAGAAUAGCAAGCAGUUCUAUUAUUAUGAUUCGAUUGUUGGACAGACUGGAAACAGUCAUUAUGCUAUGAUUGCUGCACGUAAACUAUCAAUGUUGUUGACAGGUGUACCUUCGAAGGAACAGAGAAUCAACAUUAGACAAGCACCAAAGCAGACUAAUGGACAUGAUUGUGGACUGUAUCUAUUAUCAAUCACAGAGUUCAUUGUCAAGAGAAUGGUCGACCAACAUCAAUCACUACAGUUCACUGAUGAUAUUGAGAAAGAUAUGAUAUCAACACUGACGCCACAAUCUGUAACUGGUCUGCGACAAAACAUACUAGACUUGGUUACCAACCUCAAGGCCAAGGCUUCAAAUUGA